GGAAUAAAUUAAGACGCAAAGCCGGAGGCCGCUCAACCACCUGAGCUGCAGUGUGGCCGGCGCCUUAAGGUGGCUGGAGAUCACUUCCGGCCUGUAGUGUGGAGCGCCGUUCUAGUCGGUUUGUCUCGGGGGUCAGGCGAAAGGUAACUUCCGCUUCCUGGAAAGGGACCGGCCUCCUGUUUUCACAUAGUUUCCACGUAGCCACGCCCCUUUCAGGUUGACCGCGCCGCUUGAUUAGAUCACACACCGUCAACGCGGAAAGUAUCGCGAGGUCUCCACUUGCGCUCCCUUCGGAUAUGGUCAGCCGUGAGAGUUGCUCUUGUUCUCGCGAGAUCUUCGUGUGCGCCGGGCUCGGGCGACCCGGGCUUCUGUGAAACAUGGCGGUCGGCUGGGACCGUACCACUGGUAUGACUAUAUGAAGGAGAAGGAAGGUUUUUCUGAAGAUGAGGCGACUGAAUCGGAGAAAAACCUUAAGUUUGGUGAAAGAGUUAGAUGCCUUUCCCAAGGUUCCUGACAGCUAUGUGGAGACGUCAGCCAGUGGGGGAACAGUUUCUCUAAUAGCAUUUACCACUAUGGCUUUAUUAACAAUAAUGGAAUUCUCAGUGUAUCAAGAUACAUGGAUGAAGUACGAAUAUGAAGUAGACAAGGAUUUUUCUAGCAAAUUGCGAAUCAACAUAGACAUUACUGUUGCCAUGAAGUGUCACUAUGUUGGAGCAGAUGUACUGGAUUUAGCAGAGACCAUGGUUGCUUCUGCAGAUGGUCUGGCUUAUGAACCAGCACUGUUUGACCUUUCACCCCAGCAGAGAGAGUGGCAGAGGAUGCUGCAGCUGAUUCAGAGUAGGCUGCAGGAAGAGCAUUCCCUUCAAGACGUGAUAUUCAAGAGUGCUUUUAAAAGUGCAUCAACUGCACUGCCACCAAGGGAAGAUGAUUCAUCACUGACUCCAGAUGCGUGCCGAAUCCAUGGUCAUCUCUAUGUCAAUAAAGUAGCAGGGAAUUUUCACAUAACUGUGGGCAAGGCAAUCCCACAUCCUCGAGGGCAUGCACAUUUGGCAGCACUUGUCAACCAUGAUUCUUACAACUUUUCUCACAGAAUAGAUCAUUUGUCUUUUGGAGAGCUUGUUCCGGGAAUUAUUAAUCCUUUGGAUGGAACUGAAAAGAUUGCUGUAGAUCACAACCAGAUGUUCCAAUAUUUCAUUACAGUUGUGCCAACAAAGCUACACACAUACAAGAUCUCAGCAGAUACCCAUCAGUUCUCUGUGACAGAAAGGGAACGCAUCAUCAACCAUGCUGCAGGCAGCCACGGCGUCUCUGGAAUAUUUAUGAAAUAUGAUCUCAGUUCUCUCAUGGUGACAGUCACUGAGGAACACAUGCCUUUCUGGCAGUUUUUUGUAAGACUCUGUGGUAUAAUUGGAGGAAUCUUUUCAACAACAGGCAUGUUACAUGGAAUUGGAAAAUUUAUAGUGGAAAUAAUUUGCUGUCGUUUCAGACUUGGAUCCUACAAGCCUGUCCGUUCUGUCCCCUUUGCGGAUGGCCACACAGACAACCACUUACCUCUUUUAGAGAACAACACACAUUAGUACCAUGUGGGUGGAGAAAAACUUUUUGCCUGAGACAUAAAGCCUUUUCUAAUAAUAACAUGUUGUGCAAUAUAUUCAAAGAAAAAGAAAAUAUGAGAACCCAGAAACAUAUUUAAAAAAGAAAAAAACAGCCAAGGAAAACAACAAACUGCAGUCGUCUUGUAUAUGUGUGUCUGUUACAAAUGUCAUAGAAGAAAUUAUGCAGCUAACUGGAGAGUCAGCCCAGCCAACAGUGCCAGGUGAAGACAGCACCUCUGAUGCUCUCCCACCAAACAGACAAUAUGGAAAGCAGAGCCUAGAGGAUGGACAUCAACCCGUGUUUAAAGAAAAGGGCAUUAAUAAAUGCAAAUGUGUGCGUCCUUUGUUUUUAAAGAUGUCAGAAUAAAAUGUGUAAAACAUAUGGAAAACUAGUCUAGACUUUAAAAAAACUGUAAUCAGCUCACAUGGUUAAUAAAGGAAACAGGGACUGGCCCUGUGUUACAGCCAUAUUAAUAUUAAGCCAUAUUGACAAGAUGGUGUUGUCCAGUUUGGGGUUCUGAUGAAGGUCACUGCUUUCCUUUGAACUCCAGUUGCUGACUUUCCUGACUGUUUUAGGUUGAGCCUUAGAAGACUAAGGUGAAGUUUCCUAAGGCCCAGGUAUAUACUACAUGCUAUGAUGUAUAACAGGUGUCACUCAACAGCUUGAACAAGGGACACUGCAGGGAGAAGAAAGCAUAAAUGUUUAAAAAGAUAAACAGUUUGUAAGAUGUGAAGGGAAAAGUUGAGUGUUGUAUGUUUAUGAGUAGUGGAAAACUGGACAUCUGAGACAGGCAAGGCAGUGUCCAUACAAUACUGAAGUCUGAAGCAGCCUAGACACAGCUGUAACCCUGGACAGGUGCUGCCCUCAGGCGCUGCACAGAACUGAUGAGGCUACAGUAACUUGAAGGAGCCCUAUCAGGUACUGCUAGGAACUGCUGAAUAUGUGUGCCAGCCUCGUUUUCAUUCUGUGAUUUUGAAAGGUAGAGGUUAAGUCAUUGAGUGAGAAGACUGAGUUUCAGUCCCUACCAGACACAGGACACAGGACAGUGGUGGCUUAGAGUGUGGCCUGUCACAAAUCAGUGUUUCAAGUGAAUGUUUUUAAGGAUUAAAAAAAAAAUGCUUUCUUGAAAGAAAGUAGGCCAUCAGGGAAGGAGGAGACGGCAACAAAUCAGUCAGCAGCAAAGUGUAUGAAAAAUGGCAUUUUAUAGAAGAUAGGACAUUUUGGUUAAAGUGCGAGAGGUUAAGAGUCAAGGAGUUAAAUGACUUAAUACUAUUAUAAUGUUUAAAAAAUUUUUUUGAACGAAUCCAGGAAAUUUCAAAUAAUGAGUCUUUUCUGAGCUUUUUGUUCUAUUUUGUUUUGGUUUUCCCCUUAAAUUUUAUAGUUUGUCUAGAAACAGGACAUCUCUCCAGAAUUUUGUUAGCAAGAACUACUCACUUGAGACUGAAUGUUGCUCUUCAUGUCUACUUACUAGGGAAUUCAGUCAGUUUUCAGGGAAGAAAAUACUGAUUUAGAGUUAUUUUCAGUAUUACAAUGUUUUUAAAAAGAUUUAAGGUUAUUUUAAAUUAUUUCAAUGUUUUCUAAAUGCCACGUUAAAAUUUUAUUGAUGUAUCUUUUCCAUUAAAAUUGACUCUUCGGGAAUUUGUUUAAAGCAAACUUUUCUUUGCCAUUGAUAGCCAUUUUAAAAGUUAAAACUUUGAUUUUCAAAUAGUCAGGAGCACAUUUUUUGUCAUUAAAAGAAUGAAAAUGCUAACCAUCUGUUUGGGUGAUGAAGGCAACGUGUGGCCUCACUAGGGUUUCCUUUCCAGGUCAGAAAUUUCUCACUGACCUGCCAACUACACAGCUUUCCUUAUGCUUGUGGGCCCCUGGAGACACCAUACCCAAGUGUCUGUUCAGUCCAGUCUUUUAAAAGUGUGUGUGUCUGUGUGUGUGUUUUCCAAUCCUAAUACUUUAAGUCUGACACCUUUACUUGAAAAUAUUUUUAUACUAUGUAUUUGUAUAUCUUGGCCUAUAAAGAUGAGUAAUAGGUGAAUAAAUUACUGUCAGGUGUUCAAACACCUAACUGUCUACCUCCUGAGAUAGCCUGUUCAAUCUACCUCGUGCAAUAGCCUGGCUCAAUAUUAGAAUUGCAGAUCCACUUGUUCUCAACUUUAUCAGAUACACAGAAAAGCCAUUUCAUUAUCAGAAUUUGUCAUUUGAAACACAAUUUACAGUCUUAACUUUCAAAUGCAUGUGAGACUAAGAUGUAUUGUGAUUCAAAUGCUAAGAAGUAAAUUUACUUGUAAUUUCUUCAGAAUUCUGUUUAUACUUGUAGUCAGGUAGUUUUUUGAUAGUUUAAGAAAUAAAUCAACCAGAGCCUUAAGAUCCUUAAAAAUUCAGCAUGUCAUUUAAUCUAGCAGUUGCUUUUUCUUAAGUUUUUCAAACCUUUUAUAACACUGCCAGAGUAAUGAUGGAGGCUGGUGUGGCAUGCAUCCCCAUCCCAAAACAGACAGGAGCAUCUCUGGGCUAGCUGUCAACCUAGAUGGCUGAAUCAACAAGUCCCAGGUUCAGUGAGAAACCCUGUGUGAAAAUAUGAAUCUGUGAGUACACACAGUACCCAGCAGCUGUUUGUAUGAGCGGGUGAAUAGCUGACAGUAUUACAGUAAAACACUUGGUUGGGGUCUUCUAAUAUUCCAAAGUUAACCCUUGUACUUUUUUAUGUAGUACCUUAAGAGAACUGCUCAUAAGGCACAGGGAGAUCCCUUAAAUAUAGGCUGGAUGCCAAAUAGUGUCACUGGUAAUGCUGUGGAAAUUCUUUAGCUACGUUUUUCAGGUCCAUACAUGGUUACUUGGAUAGCUGUCUGUGUCAGUGUGGGUGUUGAAUUUGGGGCUCUGAAUAUUGUCAGCAAGUGUUGUGCUACUGAGAAGUUCCUGCCUCCAGCUCUGCUUUUUAAUUAAAGUAUUUUUUUUUCUAGA